AUGAAGCUAUUGGUCACGAUAUCGUUGCUCGCUGCUGUAUGUACUGCUGUGCCUGAUGGAUAUAGAGCUCCCGGAUCCUCUACUGCAGGAUUUUCUAGCGGAGGAGGACUUUCUGGUGGAGGAGGAUUCUCUGGCGGGGCUGGAUUCUCUGGUGGAGGUGGAUUCUCUGGUGGAAGUGUAAUUUCUGCUGGGGGAAGUGGAUUCUCUAGUGGAGGAGUAAUCUCUGGUGGAGGAGGAGGAUUUUCUAGUGGAGGAGGUUUCUCAGGUGGGGGAGGAUUUUCUGGUGGAGGAGGUGGAGGAUUAUCAGGUGGAAGAGGAUUUUCCAGUGGAGGAUUCUCAAGUGGAGGAGGAUUUUCCAGUGGAGGAUUUUCUAGCGGUGGUGGAUUCUCUGGCGGAGGUGGAUUCGGAAGUGGAGGAGGAUUUUCUAGCGGUGGAGGAUUCUCUGGUGGAGGUGGAUUCGCACGUGGAGGAGGAUUUUCUAGUGGCGGCGGAUCGGGCAGAGGAUGUGGUCCUGGAACGGUCCUACAUGUGGACGGGUCCUGUGUGUCCCCAAUAGUAUCAAGAAAAGUGUACGUCUACGACGCCCCUGCACAACCGUCCAUUCCAAGUGGUCCACCACCAAGGAUUCCACCGCCGAGGGUUGAUCACAAUAUCCUGUUUGUUCGUAUUCCGGAGGGAGGCGCAGGACCUGAGCCGAUUGUUAUCCCACCACCGAGGCAAGAGAAUAUCGUGUACGUCCUUAAUAAGGCCAGUGGAGCAGGAGGACAACAAGUCAUCGAAGUACCAGCUCCUCCUGCUUCUAGUCCAGAAGUGUUCUUCGUCAACUAUGCAGAAGGAGAAAACCCUCAACUCCCUAUCGGUGUGGACCUCCAGACAGCCCUCCAAGCAGCUUCCAGUGGAGGAGGACAAGUCAUCGGUGGCGCCGGAGGUGGUGGUUCAGGAGGGGGUGGCUUUGGAGGCGCAGGAGGACUGGGUGGCGGAGGAGGAUUGGGAGGUGGUUUUGGCGGUAGUGGAGGAUUGGUAGGUGGCUUUGGGGGCAGUGGAGCAGCCGGAGGUGGAUUUGUUGGAAGUUCGGGAGGCGGAGGAUUUGGCGGUGGGGUAGGACAAGCAGGAGGAGGAUUCGUGGGUGGCUUUGGAGACAGCGGAGAAAUUGGAAUCAGCGUUGGCUCCGGUGGUGGUCACGUUAGUGCACCAUCAAACACAUAUGGAGCUCCUUAAGGCAAUUGCCAGUGGAGAGGUGGCCAAGGAUAUUUUAAUCGUGCAUGGGUGAUCAUGUUUCCAUUUAAAUGAAACUAGUGUUCAGAAAUGGCACUUAUAUUUUUUGUUGAUAUUGUUGUUGUUACAUCUGCUAAUUAUAUUAAUAAAUUGAAGUUAAUA